UUUAAAGGCGGGGUGGCCAGUGCGCUCAGAAGCGCGGGGCGCGGAGGGUCUUGGCCGGUUUUUUGAUUAACCCGCCGGUGAGGAUGGCGGAGGAAGGAGCUGUCGCGGUCUGUGUGCGAGUCCGGCCGCUCAACAGCAGAGAAGAAGCACUUGGAAACGAUACUCAAGUUUACUGGAAAACUGAUAACAAUACUAUUUAUCAAGUUGAUGGGAGUAAAUCCUUCAAUUUUGAUCGUGUCUUUCAUAGUAAUGAAACUACUAAAAAUGUGUAUGAAGAAAUAGCAGUACCAAUCAUUGAUUCUGCCAUACAAGGCUAUAAUGGUACUAUUUUUGCCUAUGGGCAGACUGCAUCAGGAAAAACAUAUACUAUGAUGGGCUCACAAGAUUAUUUGGGAGUAAUACCCAGGGCAAUUCAUGACAUUUUCCAAAAAAUUAAGAAGUUUCCUGAUAGGGAGUUUCUCUUACGUGUGUCUUACAUGGAGAUAUACAAUGAAACCAUUACAGACUUGCUCUGCGACACUCAAAAAAUGAAGCCUUUAAUAAUUCGGGAAGAUUUCAAUAGGAAUGUGUAUGUGGCUGAUCUCACAGAAGAAGUUGUUUAUACAUCAGAAAUGGCUUUGAAAUGGAUCACAAAGGGAGAAAAGAACAGGCAUUAUGGAAUUACAAAAAUGAACCAAAGAAGUAGUCGUUCUCAUACCAUUUUUAGGAUGAUUUUGGAAAGUAGAGAGAAAGGUGAACCUUCUAAUUGUGAAGGAUCUGUCAAGGUGUCCCACUUGAAUUUGGUUGAUCUUGCAGGCAGUGAAAGAGCUGCUCAAACAGGUGCUGAAGGUUUGCGACUCAAGGAAGGCUGUAAUAUAAAUCGAAGCUUAUUUAUUUUGGGACAAGUGAUCAAGAAACUUAGUGAUGGACAAGUUGGUGGUUUCAUAAAUUAUCGAGAUAGCAAAUUAACACGAAUUCUCCAGAAUUCCUUGGGAGGAAAUGCAAAAACACGUAUUAUCUGCACAAUUACUCCAGUGUCAUUUGAUGAAACCCUUACUACUCUCCAGUUUGCCAGCACUGCUAAAUAUAUGAAGAAUACUCCUUAUGUUAAUGAGGUAUCAAGUGACGAAGCUCUCCUGAAAAGAUACAGAAAAGAAAUAAUGGAUCUUAAAAAGCAAUUAGAGGAGGUUUCAUUAGAGACUCGGGCCCAGGCAAUGGAAAAAGACCAAUUGGCCCAACUUUUAGAAGAAAAAGAUCUCCUUCAAAAAGUGCAGAUUGAGAAAAUUCAGAACUUAACAAGAAUGCUGGUGACCUCUUCCUCCCUCACAUCACAACAGGAAUUAAAGGCUAAAAAAAAACGAAGAGUCACUUGGUGCCUUGGCAAAAUUAACAAAAUGAAGGACUCAAAAUAUGUAAAUGAAUUUAAUAUGCCAAUGAAUAUAACAACAAGAACCCAUAAGGCUGCUGUAAGUUUAGGAGAGAUUGAUGAAUCUCUCUGUUCAGAGUCUGACGUUUUCAGUAACACAUUAACUGAGAUAGAGUGGAAUCCAGCAACAAAGCUACUAAGUCAGGAAAACUUAGAAAGUGAGUUGAGUUCACUUCGUGCUAACUAUGAUAAUCUGGUAUUAGACUAUGAACAACUAAGAAAAGAAAAUGAAGAAAUGGAGUUGAAAUUAAAAGAAAAGAAUGAUUUGGAUGAAUUUGAGGCUCUAGAAAGAAAAGCAGAAAAAGAUCAAGAGAUGCAACUAAUUCAUGAAAUUUCCACCUUAAAGAAUUUAGUUAAGAAUGCAGAAGUAUAUAAUCAAGAUCUUGAGAAUGAACUAAGUUCAAAAGUAGAGCUGCUUAAAGAAAAGGAAGACCAGAUUAAGAAGCUACAGAAAUACAUAGACUCUCAGAAGUCAGGAAGUAUGAAAAUGGACUUGUCAUACUCCUUGGAAGACACUGAAGACCUAAAACAAAUGAAACAGACUCUGCUUGAUGCUGAAACUGUGGCUCUUGAUGCCAAGAGAGAAUCAGCCUUUCUUAGAAGUGAAAAUCUAAACCUGAAAGAGAAAAUGAAAGAACUUACAAGUACGUGCAAGCAAAUGGAAAAUGAUAUUCAGCUAUAUCAAAGCCACUUGGAAGUGAAGAAGAAAAUGCAAGUUGACCUGGAGAAAGAAUUACAGUCCUCUUUUAAUGAAAUAACAAAACUCACCUCUCUUAUAGAUGGCAAAGUUCCAAAAGAUUUGCUCUCUAAUUUGGAAUUGGAGAGAAAAAUUACCUAUCUCCAAAAAGAACUCAGUAAAGAAGUUGAAGAAAAUGAAGCGUUGCGUAAAGAAGUGAAUUUGCUCUCAGAAUUGAAAUCUUUACCUUCAGAAGUAGAAAUGCUAAAGAAAGAGGUAAAUGAUAAAUCUGAAGAGCUCUGUAUAGUAACAUCAGAAAAAGACAGAUUGUUUUCUGAAGUAGUUCAUAAAGAAAGUAGAAUUCAAGGUUUACUUGAAGAAAUUGGGAAAACUAAAGUUGACCUAGCAACUUCCCAGUCAAAUUAUGAAAGUGCUGAUCAAGAAUUCCAAGAUCAAAAUCAUCAUGAUGAAUUUGAGCAAAAGUAUAAAACGAUCCUUGAGGAGAAUACAAGAUUGAAUCAGGAAAUAGGAAAUCUCUCUAAAGAAGCUCAAGAACUUGGUUUACAUUUGGAUGCUUUGAAGACAGAGCUCUCUCACAAAACCCAAGAACUUCAGCAAAAAACAGCUGAGAAUGAAGAAAGGUUAAAAGAAGUGGAAGAGCUGAAGGAACAAUUAGAAAAUAGGGAAUCUAGGCUGCACACUAUAGAAAAGGAGAAAACACUGAUUACUGAGAAACUUCAACAAACCUUAGUGGAAGUAAAAACCUUAACCCAAGAAAAGGAUGACCAAAAACAACUCCAAGAGAGCCUGCAAAUCGAAAGGGACCAACUCAAAAGUGACAUUCAGGAUACUAUAAACAUGAACAUAGACACCCAGGAACAACUACGAAAUGCUCUUGAGUCUUUGAAACAACACCAAGAAACAAUUAACACACUAAAAAUGAAAAUUUCUGAGGAAACUUCAAAGAAUUUGCACAUAGAGGAAAGCUUAGACACUAAGAAUGCAUUUCAGGAAAAGGUUGCAGCUGUUGAAGAUAAUGAGCUAAUGGAGCAACAGAGAAAGAUACUUUCUUUAACACAGGAGAAAAAUGAACUACAACAAAUGUUAGAGAAUAUCACAGCAGAAAAGGAACAACUGAAGACUGACUUAAGGGAAAACAUUGAAAUGACCAUUGAAAACCAACAAGAAUUAAGAAUUCUUGGAGAUGAACUUAAAAGGCAACAAGAGAUAGUUGCACAAGAAAAGAACCAUACCAUAAAGAAAGAAGAAGAGCUUUCUAGGACCUGUGAGAAACUGAUAGAAGUUGAAGAAAAGCUAAAGGAAAAGAGCCAACAACUCCAAGAAAAACAGCAACAACUUCUUAGUGUACAAGAAGAGAUGAGAACGAUGCAGAAAAAGAUGAAUGAAAUGGAAAAUUUAAAGAAUGAAUUAAAGACCCAAGAAUUAACACUGGAACAUCUAAAAAUUGAGAAGCUAGAGUUGGCUCAGAAACUUCAUGAAAAUUAUGAGGAAAUGAAAUUCGUAAUCAAAGAAAGAAAUGAUCUAAAGGAAUUACAGGAGUCAUUUGAAACAGAGAGAAAUAAGCUUAAAGGAUACAUAAAAGAAAUUGAAGCUACAGGUCUAGAAACAAAAGAAGAACUAAAAAUGGCUCACAUACAUCUAAGAGAGCACCAAGAAACUAUUGAAGAACUAAGAAGAAACAUUUCUCAGAAGGCAGCUCAAGUAACAAAUAUUCAGAAGAACUUAGAAAAAUCCAGUAUUGAGUUACAGGAAAAGAUCCCAGUGCUUCAUGAGGAACAGGAGUUACUUCCCAAUGUGAAAGAAGUCAGUGAUAUUCAGGAAACAAUGGAUGAACUGGAGCUAUUGGAAAAACAAUCCAAAACCAAGGAUUCAGUAAUACUAGCAAGUAUAGAAAUGGAAAAGCAUAGAUUGACUGAAAAACUUCAAGAAAGUCACGAAGAAAUAAAAACCAUAACUAAAGAAAGAGAUGAUCUUAAAGUGACAAAAGAAGCACUUCAAAUUGAGUGUGACCAGUUGAAAGAAGAAAUUCGAGAAACUUUGGCUAAAAUUCAGGUAUCUCAAGACAAACAAGAACAGUCCUUCAGUGUGAAAGAAAAGGACAGUGAGACUAAGAAAAUAAUGAGUGAGAUGGAACAAUUGAAAGAGCAGUUCAAAGCCAAAGAUUCAGCACUACUAAGACUAGAAAUGGAAAAGCUCAAGUUGUCUGAGAGACUUCAAGAAAGUCAUGAUGAAGUGAAAUCUAUAGCUAAGGAGAAAGAUGACUUAGAGAGGCUACAGGAAGUUCUUCAAUCUGAAAGAAACCAACUCCAAAAAAACAUAAGAGAAAUGGUAGCUAAACACAUAGAAACCGAAGAAGAGCUUAAAGUUGUUCGUGGUCACCUGAAAGAAAAGGAGGAAACUAUUAGUAAACUGACAGUGGAUCUUUCAGAGAAGGCAACUGAACUAUCAAGCAUUCAGCAGGAAUUAGAAAUGACAAAUGAUGAAUUACAGAAAAAGACCCAAGAGCUUCGUGAAAAACAGGAACAACUUAUCAGCAUUAAAGAAAUCAGUGAGACUCAGGAAAAAAUGAGUGAACUAGAAGAGUUGAAGGAACAUCUCAAAGCCAAAGAUGCAUCACUACAAAGAACAGAAAGCGAGAGGCUCAGUUUGGCUGAGAAACUUCAGACAAGUCAAGAAGAAGUAAAAACCAUAAUUAAAGAAAGAGAUGAACUGCAGAGGGCGCAGGAGUCCCUCCAAAAGGAGAGAGACCAACUCAGAGAAAAUAUUAAAGAAAUUGUAGCUGAGGGACAGAAAAUCAAAGAGGAGCUAAGAACUACCAACAUUCUUCUGAAGGAGUACCAGGAAACCAUCAAUGCAAGGAAUAGUUCAGAGAGGAUAGAUCAAGGAACAGAUAUUCAAAGAGAUUUAGAAAAUUCAGAUGCUGAAUUACAGGGAAAGAUUCAAGAACUUCAGGAAGAAGAACAUCAACUUAAGAUGAAAGAUGUCAGUGAGACUCAGGAAAAAUUAUGUGAAAUUGAAAACCUGAAGAAGCAACUUGAGGCCCAAAAGUCAACUCUGGAAAAUACAGAAAUGGAGAACAUAAGGUUAACUCAGAGACUCCAUGAAAAUCUUGAAGAAAUAACAUCUGUUACAAAAGAAAGAGAUGAUCUUAGGAGUGUGGAGGAGACUCUCAAAGUAGAGAGAGACCAGCUCAAGGAAAACCUAAGAGAAACCAUGAUUAGAGACCUGGAAAAACAAGAGGAACUAAGAAUUGCCCACAUGAACCUGAAAGAGCACCAAGAAACUAUCUGUAAACUCAGAGGAAUUGUUUCAGAGAAGACAGAUGAAAUAUCGAAUACCCAAAUGGAUUUAGAAAACACAAAUACUGCCUUAAAAGCACAGGCCCAGGAACUUCAAGAGAAAGAACAUCAACUUCUUAAGUUAAAAAAUGAUCUCAGGGAAAAUAUGUAUCAAACAGAACAAUUGAAGAAGCAAUUAGAGGCCCAGGAUUCAACCCUGGAAAGUAUAGAAUCAGAGAAGUUAAGGUUGACUCAGAAACUUCAUGAAAACGUUGAAGAAAUAAAAUCUGUUACUAAGGAAAGAGAUGACCUAAGAAGAAUGGAGGGAACCCUCAAAAUGGAGCAAGACCAGCUCAGGGAAAGCCUCCGAGAAACGGAAGCUAAAGACCUGAAAAAACAAGAAGAACUAAGAAUUGCUCACAUGCAUCUGAAAGAGGACCAGGAAAUUAUUGAUAAACUCAGAAGGCUUGUUUCUGAGAAAACAGAUGAAAUAUCAAUUAUACAAAUGGAUUUAGAUGAUUCAAAUGCUAAAUUACAAGAAAAGAUGCAAGAACUUAAAGCAAAUGAACAUCAACUUUUUAAAUUAAAAGAAGAGAUCAUCGUGACACAGAAAAAACUGUGUGACAUGGAACGACUGAAAAAAGAAUUCAAGGCCCAAAGUUUAACUCUGGAUAAAAUAGAAAUGGAGAACUUAAAUUUGGCUCAGAAACUCCAUGAAAACCUUGAGGAAAUGAAAUCUGUAGUGAAAGAAAGGGAUAACCUGAGGAGAGCAGAAGAAACUCUCAAACUGGAGAGAGACCUCCUCAAGGAAGACCUGCAAGAAACCAGAGCUCGAGAUCUGGAAACACAAGAGCAACUAAAAAUUGCUCGUAUGCAUUUGAAAGAACACCAAGAAACUAUUGAUAAGUUCAGAGAGAGAGUUUCAGAAAAGACAUCUCAGAUUUCAAAUACUCCAAAAAAUUUAAAGAAAUCAAAAGAUGGAUUACAAAAAAAGCAGGAUCAACAGAACAAUGAGGAGGUAGUAAAAUACGGAAAAGAGUUACUAUGUGAUGGAAACCAACACCUUAUAAAAAGCCUGAGAGAAAAGUGCUUUAGGAUAAAAGAGCUUCUUAAGAAAUAUUCAGAAAUGGAUAAUGACUAUGAGUGCUUAAAUAGGUUGUCUCUCGACUUGAAGAAGGAAAUUGAAACUCAAAAAGAGCUUUCAGUUAGAGUAAAAGCAAACCUCUCACUUCCAUAUCCAGAAACCAAACAAAUUCAGAAAUUUCUAACUGCAAACCAAAGAUACUCCAUGGAAUUUCAUAGAGUCGUGAAGAAACUUGAGUAUGUGCUAAGCCAUAUUACAAAGACAAAGGAAGAACAACAUGACUCCAUCAAUAAAUUUGAAAUGGCUUUUAUUGAUGAAGUGGAAAAGCAAAAUGACCUACUAAUUAAAAUACAGCGCCUUCAACAAGAUUAUGCGGUACCGCCCAGAGAAUUAAGGGACGUCAAAUUGAGCCAGAAUUUGGAUCUACAUAUUGAGGAAAUUCUCAAAGAUUUCUCAGAAAGUGAUUUCCAUAGCAUAAAGACUGAAUUCCAACAAGUGCUAAGUAAUAGGAAAGAAAUGACCCAGUUUUUGGAAGAGUGGUUGAAUGCUCAUUUUGAUAUAGAAAAGCUUAAAAAUGGCAUCCAGAAAGAAAAUGAUAGUAUUUGCCAAGUAAACAACUUCUAUAAUAACAAAGUAAUAGCUUUAAUGAAUGAGUCAACAGAGUUUGAAGAAAAAAAUGCUGCUAUAGCCAAAGAAUGGGAACAUAAUCUGAAAUCCAUGAAAGAAGACAAUGAAAAACUAUUUAAAGACUACCAAACUUUGAAGAUCUCCCUGACCUCUGGUGCCGUUGUUAAUGCUACCACACAAGACAAUAAGAAUCUUCAUGUUACAUCAAGAGCUACACAUCAAGCCACAGAGAAAAUUCAGGAGCUAGAAACAUCACUCCAUGAAGCUAAAGAAAGUGCUGUGCGUAAGGAGGGCAAAAUCAUAAAGUUGCAGAGAGAACUUGAGAUGACUAAUGAUGUAAUAGCAAAACUUCAAGGGGAAGUUAAUGAAUCCAAUGAAUGCCUUGAAAAAACAAAAGAAAUGAUCCAAGUACUUCAGGACCAAGUUACUUUAGGAGCUAAGCCCUAUAAAGAAGAAAUUGAAGACCUCAAAAUGAAGCUGGUGAAAAUAGACCUAGAGAAAAUGAAGAAUGCCAAGGAGUUUGAAAAGGAAAUUGCUUCUACAAAAGCUACUGUAGAAUAUCAAAAAGAAGUUAUAAGGCUAUUGCGAGAAAAUCUUAGAAGAAAUCAACAGGCCCAAGAUACCUCAAUGGUAUCAGAACAUACUGAUUCUCAGCCUUCAAAUAAACCCUUAACCUGUGGGGGAGGCAGUGGUAUUAUACAAAGCACAAAAGUUCUUAUUCUGAAAAAUGAAUAUGUGCGGCUAGAAAAGGAAGUUUCUAAGUUAAAGCAGCAAAAUGAACAGCUAAUAAAGCAAAAGAAUGAACUGUUAAGCAAUAAUCAUCAUCUUUCCAAUGAAGUCAAAACAUGGAAGGAGAAAACUCUUAAAAGAGAGGCUCAUAAAGAAGUAGCUUGUGAGAAUUCUCCAAAGUCUCCUAUAGUGACUGGAACAGCCUCUAAAAAGAGACAGCAUAUGCCUUCUCACUGCAAGGAACAGAAUUUACAAGAUCCUGGGCCAAAGGAAUCGCCGAAAUCUUGGUUUUUUGAUAGACGAUCCAAGACUUUGCCAAUACCUCCUCCAGUUCGCUAUUUUGAUAACUCAGGUUUAGGCCUUUGCCCAGAAGAACAAACCUCGGAAGCAGAGACUGUGGCUCCCCAGCCAGGCCUUUGGCAUGCCUCCUCGGAAGAAGAUGUGCCCGAGUGCAAGAUUCAGUAGACCCCUCUCUCUCACCCUGGGGGCCCAGCGUUCCGUGUUUGGAAAUGCCUGUGCUUAUUACCAUAUGUGUCUAUCCCAGGCAGCGAUGUCCUAGUUCAGCUUAAUUUCAGCUCAGUUUUCACUUUGCCGCUAGAAUUGGAAGGUGAAGGAAUAGGGUGCAUUCCCAUAAUUUAGAAUGGUGAUAGCAAUGCCUUCUUCUUCAAUAUAAUCAUUCUUUAGAAGUUAAAUCAUUUUAUUUAUUUAUAACUUUUGUAAAGAAUAAAGUUAUUGAAGGAAA